AGAAUCCAGACCGGGUUUUCAGGCGUUAAGACGGAAGCAGCGGCAACCCGGAAGUUUCAGCGCUGUACAGGGAAAUCGGUGGGGAAGGGCGGAGACCGACGCGGGAGGGAUGGCGGCUCAAAUUCCAAUUGUGGCCACCAGCUCCACUCCGGGCAUAGCCCGGAACAGCAAGAAGCGGCCAGCCAGUCCUGCCAACAACGGAAGCAGCGCCGGAGGUUACAGCGCCACUAAGAAAAAAAGGGUGGCCGCCUCCAACUAUGCUCAGGGUAUCAGUAUGGAAGCCAUGAGUGAGAAUAAAAUGGGGCCCUCUGAUUUUAGCACAGGACCUGUGGAAAGAGCUGCCAAACCUUUGCCAUUUAAGGAUCCCAACUUUGUGCAUUCUGGCCACGGUGGUGCAGUAGCUGGCAAGAAGAACAGAACCUGGAAGAACCUGAAACAAAUUCUCGCUUCUGAAAGGGCAUUGCCAUGGCAACUGAACGAUCCUAACUACUUCAGUAUUGAUGCUCCUCCAUCCUUUAAACCAGCUAAGAAGUAUUCUGAUGUUUCAGGUCUUCUUGCCAACUACACGGACCCCCAGAGCAAGCUGCGCUUCAGCACCAUUGAAGAGUUUGCCUACAUCCGCAGGCUGCCGUCCGACGUUGUCACCGGCUACCUGGCCCUGAGAAAGGCCACAAGCAUUGUCCCCUGAGCCUUAAGAGAUGUAAAGAAAGUGGGAAACUGCUUCAAAGGCAGACUUUGGACUCGUGAUUUUGUUUCAUGGAAACACUCGUUCUGCCGUCAGUCUGAAAAUGCCAGUGCGGUGCCUUGGAAAGAAUGUUUGGCUUUAAUUUAAGGAUUUUUUGGUAUGUUUUCCCUGCAAGUGUGAUAUUAAAUUAUCCUUCAGUUGUUGCCUCAAGUAAAGUUCUUUGACAAGAAAAUACAAUGUGCUUUUUUUAGUAUAACCAAGCGAGUCCCUGAAUUUUUGCUCCAAAGUUGUGACCUCUUUUAUACCGCACCUAAAGGCCACCCUGAAUCUGACCAGCAAUUCUGGGUUAGCCUUGAUAUUGGUGACUCCCUCCUUAGAGCAUGUUAGUCUUUCUCUUUGAUCGGAAUGCUUAGAAGAGGUCCAAAAUUGGGUGUCAUGGACUGAAUAGUGCCCCCCCCCCCCGCCAAUACAUGUCAACUUGGCUAGGCCAUAAAAUUCCCAGGAUUAUGUGGUUGUCCUGUUUUGUGAUCUAAUGUAAUUUUCCUAUGUGUUGUAAAUUCUAAUCUCUGUCUGUGGUUAAUGAGGCAAGACCACCACAUCUUUCUCCGUUGGAGUGGCUGGUGGGUUCGAACUGCUGACCUGGGAGUUGAUGCCCUGAAUUCGGGCUUCUAGCCUACAAUACUGAGAGAGAGUAAAUUUCUGUUUGUUAAAGGCGUCCACUUGUGUUUCUGUUAUAGCAGUACUAGAUAACUAAGACACUGGGUCCAGAAAAGAAAGAACUGAGGAUCUUGCCCUGUCUCACUGGGUGGCUAGUCCUCGCCUUUGUGCCCUCAGCCUCCAGAUCAGCCUCCCCAGCCCUGAUCCUGUUUCUAAAAGUGUGGGGUCCCAGUGUUGACACUGUCUUUGUCCAAGAAGGGCUUUUGUCUUGCCAUUUGGUUGCAGGCUGCCUCAGAAAGGCAGUAUUUGCUUCUGCAUCCUAGGAAGAGAGCAGGGCUUUGAACUUGUUGAGAUUGAACCCCUGCUGGGAAUUUACAUUUCUAACAAGUUCCCAGGGGAUGCUAAUACUGUUGGUUAGGGCCUAAUUCCUGAGAACCACUAGGAGAGCAGUGGUGCUUGAAAAUUUCUAUACGUAAGAGUCACCUGGAGAUCUUGUUAAACUGUAGAUUCUAAUUCAGUAUAUUUGGAGUGGAAAUGCAAAUGAACUAACGGAUUGAAGGCCCUGGGGAGGAGAAAGCAUUUCCCUGGGCCGGGAAAGGGGGAGCCUGGGUACAUGUCUGGCCUCUCCUGGGCUGUAUCCCAUGCUUUUCUAGGGAGAACAGUGGGACUAGUCCCUGGGGCUCCUGAACCAGAGCUUUUUUGGGGAAUUAGGGUCCCAGGUGCACUUACUUUCUGGGGAAGGCCUCUCCCCAAGCCGCUCUCCGGGCUUGAAGAAAACACAAACAAAGUUGGAGUCAGCCGGAGAGCAGCUGACAGCUGCCCGGAACUUGGCUUCCCUUUCUCGGGGGCAGCUCCCAUGUCAUGCAGCACUUUCCCAGUCACUAGCAGCGAGAGCAGGAGGGGUGCCAUGUAGCCUUUCCGCCCCAAAGGGAUCUGAGGUGAUGGCCAGGAGAAGUGGGAAGCCUUUCCUAAUCCCAAGAUCACUGAAGCAUCUGAGCUUCUGGUUCUCAAGCUUGAGGGAGUAUCAGAAUCACCUGAGGGCUUGUUGAAACAGCUGUCUGGGCCCCACCCCAGAAUGACCGAUUCAGUAGGCCUCAGGUGGGGCCAAGAUUUUGCAUUUCUAACGAGCAGUGCUAGCUAAUGCUGCAGAUCAGGGACCACUCUUUGAGACCCACUGCCAGAUGAAAUUGAAGCUCUUUUCUUGGGUUCCUGUUCUUGCUCCUGCAUUUUAUGCCAGUAGUCAGUUUAGGAAAAUCCCUAGCUUCCCUUCCCAUGAAAACAAGCAAGUGAGCCAAGGGCCCUUCCUGCUUCACUUCCAUCUUCAGUGAUAAAAAGAAAAUGUAGGGUAGGUCACUUCUCUGUGGGGGCCCCGAAUUGGGUAAUGCCCCAGGAUCAUUUCCAACACUGAUUGCUGGGUGCCACCUCAGACUCUCUAGGGGCAGGGUCUAGGAUUAACAAAAGAAUCCCUGGCUUGCACAUGGCCACUGCAGAGGGCAGGCAGACUUGCUCCUGUAGGCCUCUCCCUGUGUUUCUCAGCGUUUGUUUUGUGAACCCUGUCAGAGUCCCUGGGGACCUGUUAAAAUGCAGAUUCCCGGGCCACACCCUAGACCUUCAGGCUCAGGAAGUGGGGCCCAACAAUCUUCAUUAAAAAAAAUGUUUUAGGUGAAAGUUUACAGAGCAAAUUAGUUUGUCAUUGAACAAAUUGUACACAAAGUAUUCCAUGACAUUGGUUGCAAUCCGCAUACUGUGUCAGCACUCUCCCCAUUUCUGCCCUGGGUUCCCUGUUUCCCUUCGUCUGCUUUUCCUACCCCUUCCUGUCUUAUCUUUUAGGCAAAUGUUGCCCUUUUGGUUUCAUAUAAUUGUUCUAUGGAGCAUGUUCUUUCUGUUGUUAUUGUUUAUUUUAUAGGCCUGUCUAUUGUUUGGCUGGAAGGUGGUUUCCUGGAAUGGCUGCAGUUCCAAGUCAGAGAGGUGGCAGUUCCAAGUCAGAGGGGUGUCUUAGGGCCAUAGUCUCCCACGUUCCUCCAGUCUCUAUCAGGCCAGUAAGUCUGGUCUUAUUUUUUAUGAAUUUGAUUUUUUGUCCCACAUUUUUCUCCUGCUCUGUCCGGGAACCUCUGCUGUGAUCUUGUCAAAGCAGUCAGUAGUGGUAGCUGGGCACCAUCUAGUUCUCCCGAUCUUGGGGUGGUGUAAGCUGUGAUGCGUGCGAUCCGUUAGUUCUUUGGGUUCAUUGUGCACAGCAAUCUGCGUUUUGACAAGUACCCCGGUGUGAAUAUGAUGCACACAGGUGUCAGAGCUGCUGCCUUCCACCCAUGCUGUUGAGUCAAUUCUGACUCAUAGUGAUCCUAUAGGACAGUAGAACUGAGACAGAUAGGGUUAACUGUGCCAGCUGAACAAAAGAGCUGUUAAAAGAUUACCAUCUAGAAGUUGGGUAAACAGGAACCCACCCUGACAACAUGAGAUAAGAUUGAAACAACCCAUGAAUUACUAUCUUUUUCUUAGUGUUUUUCUAGUCCCUUCCCCCUUUACAGGCUCCUGCAUGUGCAGAAGAGCAAAGUUUGGCUGCUGUUUAACCUUCCUUAGCCCUCUGAAGAUGGCGAUGUAGUGCCAAAGAUCAGUGCACUUGCACUAUAGCCCGUAAUAAGUAUUGCCAAGGGCUGCCAAGAGGACUCCAUCUUGAAUAUCAGUGGGUUGCAUCUUGGAUUCCAGAUGUGGGCGCAACCUAAUUAAAAUGCAUCGCCAUUCUGAGAAGUACCUGCCCCUUGAAAGAAGCCCACUAUUCAUUACUCUGUUGUCUCCACUGAGCUCAUAUAAGCCCAAGCCUUGCUUUCCUUUUUGAGUCAGUCUUUUGGAGAGGCUUAGAUCCUCGCUGACUCCUUUUGCUUGACUCAAACAAAAUAAAGCUUACCGAAGAUGAAGUUUGUCUUUCAUGUGUAUUCUUACUCAGGAAAAGACAAGGACCCUUUGUGUCAGAUUGGCAAUUGGUAACAGAAGUACCCCAUAGAGUAUCCAAGGAGCAGCUGGUGGAUUCCAACAGCCAACCUUUUGGUUAGCAGCCGCAGCUUGUUGAAACUCAGCCGUAGCUCGCUAAAGCUCAGCCGUAGCUCUUAACCACUGAGCCAUGGUAAAGGGAAACAUGCGUAUGGGACAUUGCGCUCCCUUCUUUCCUAGUUUUUGCCAGGCUUCCCCUUACCCUGCCUGCCUCUUUUUGCUGGAGACCUGUGAGUCCAAAGGUCAGGUCAUUUCUCAGGGGGCCAAGCCAAGCCAAACCAAGCUUCAAGCUGUGAAUGUUUCCAAGAAUGAGUCCUACAGGUUUUGGAACAGGCGGGUUAAUGACCUUGUGCUGAAGUAACCCUUGUUGUCAGUGCGUUAGUCCAGUAGUCCUUAGUCCUGGCUGCACAUUAGAACCACCUGCAGGGGAGGGGGGCAGCGAUUGUGGGAUUUGAAAAAUACCCAGGGACUCCGAUUCAACUGGCCUGAGCUGGGUCCUGGGCACAGGCCUUUUUUAAACUCCCCAGGUGAUUGUACUGUGCAGCCAAUGUUGGAACCAUUGCUAUAACUACAAGGAGAAUUUUUCACAUGGGCAUGUUUUCCUAUUCCCGGAUUACCUGGCUCUUUCCAUUCUAGGGCUAUGGGCAAUUUGGAAGAGGGUUCCUUUUGUGUGUAUGUGCAUAUGGGUGUAUAUUUAGGGUGUUUGUUUACAGCCUCCCAGCAGCUGGAGUCAGAAGCACAAAUGUCAUUGCAUUCCUUCCUCUUCCAUCUUUAUUCGCCACAUUCAGUCAGCUCUCCGCCCCAGUCCUCUCCUUCUCUCCAUUUCUCACACCUCCCGCCUCCUUUUCUAUCUGCCCCUGCCCACUCCCCACUCUAGAAGCUCAUUGCCUCCUGCCUGGGCAUUAGCCGUGUCCUCCUAACUACACUUUCCAAAGUAGUCUGGUCCCUUGUCAACCAUUUCCACUUGGCCUUUCCAUGACCUUGGAGGAGAGCUUGACUUUCUUCAUCAUGGCACGUCCACUGCUGAUUUGUCUCUGAUAACUUGUCAAUUCUGGCAUUGGCCUGUAGAGAGAGUCCAAAGGAAAAUUCAGCCCAUUUCAAGAGGAAAAACAAUUAGCUGGAUUCAAGAAACCAGACUGUCUUCUUAAGACCAAAUUGAGGUCUAAUCUGCUCCGAUUGGAGUUAGACUCUUUCUCAAUGUCUGAUACUUGAUUUCAUUGUAAAAGGAGGCGAUUAGUCUACUACUGGGCAUAGUUAGAAAUACCUGUAAUUUUGGAGGUGCCCUGGUGGCACAAUGGUUAAGAACAUGGAUGGUAACCAAAAGGUUGGCAGUUUGAAUCCAUCAGCUGAUCCUUGGAAGCUCUAUAUGGCAGUUCUACUCUGUCCUAUAGGGUUGACUCAACGGCAGUGGGUUUGGUUUUUUGGUUUGGUAAUUCUGAAGAUGUGCUUUCCAGAGCUGGAGACAGUCUGUGUGGGUGAGGAGGACCCAUUUGCCCCCAUCUCCCAAGUUACAGCAUGCAUCCUCCCAGAUUUUCAAUGUGCUUUGUAAUUGGUUUAGCAUCUGAUGGAAGGCCAAAAAUAGGUUUCAUCAAGAAAUCUCUGAUUUCUGAAUCCUUAGCCAUUGGAAAGAGACAUCAGACACUUGAUAACUGUUUCCAAUGACCUAUAACUAUGAGUUGGGAUUAUUUAAUUUACUAGAAAUAAAGGAUAAGGAAAAAAGAAUGGGUAGAAUGUGGAACCUGGCUCAUCAUUGAAUAGAAGGCAUACCUUGGGGAUAGGUUGCAAAUGAUGUCCUCUAACAGAUAUGUGAACUAAUUAGUGCUAUUUAAAAUAAUGUUACAUCCAAGGGUAAUGUGUAGGCCUUAUUUGGAUCUUGAUUCAAACAAAAACCUUAAAACAUUUUUGAGAUAAUUGGAAAUUUGAUAUAUUUGGAUAUUUGAUGAUAUUAAGGAAUUCUUGUGUAUACUUUUAGUUGUGGUAAUGGCCUUGUGAUAAUAAUCUUGUUUCACCUUUAACAAUAGUUCAGAGAAAGAUUUCAUAUCUUUUAGAGACACAUACUGAAAUAUUUAUGGAUGGAAUGAUAUGAUGUCUGGGAUUCACUUCAAGAUAACAUGGAAGAGAGGAGGUGGAUGGGAGUAGUGUUGAAACAAGGUUAGCCAUAAGUGGAUAACUGUUGAAGCUGAGCAUUGGAUACAGAGAAGCUCAUUGUACUAUUGUUUACUUUUGUGUGUGUUUGAAUAAAAAAAUUUUUUAAAUAACAUGUUUUUAUUAUUAAAAAUUAUGAAUUUUUAUCUAAAACUGGUGGUCUGCAUUUGCUCGAAGUGGCCUGUGGAUGCUGAAAGUUUGAAUGGUAUGAGGUCUUGAAUGGAGGGAAUACCCGAUACCUAAGGCAUUUCACAAAGAAUGGGUUAGAAGAAAAGAAACACAAGGCAG